CUGCUGAUCCAGGCCAUGCACGACCUGCCCCCUGACUCGGGCGCGCGGCGGGGCGACAGGGCUUGGGCGGAUCGCGGCUGCCUUGUGGGAGCCCGGGCGCUGGGCCAGCCGCCUUCCCCCUGCGGCGCUGCGGACCGCCGAGCCUGCCCCCAAGACUGGCAGCGGGGAGGCGGUGGCCGCCCUUGGCAGCAGGUGUCCCCCCCCCGGUCGCCUCCGAGGGAGUCGGGGAGAGGCCGCCUGCGGACUCCUCGGAUGCGGCUGUCCUGCAGCAGAAGCCUCGAGAGCCUCCGGGUGGGUGCCAAGCCUCUUCCCUUCCAGCGGUGGCCGAGCGACAGCUGGAUCAGGUGCGGCGUGCGCGGAGACCUGGACGAGCCCCCGCCACGUGGAGGCGGGAUGGACGGCUGGAGCGGAGGCAGCGUCCCGGCCGCCGCGCCCUCCGGCCUCCUGACUUCCCGCUCCAGGGACCCCGGCCGCUCCUCAGGAAGCCCUUUCAGGGAACCUGCGGGGUCCGCUGUGGUACGCAGCGGCAAAGAAGACUGCCAGGAGGGGCUCCCCUUCCUCAAGCCUCCCGCGGUGACAGUCAAGAAGCUGCAGAAGUGGAUGUACAAAGGACGUCUGCUGUCCUUGGGAAUGAAGGGUCGCUCCCGGGGGGCACCCCCCAAAGUCAUGGGAGCGCAGGCAACCUCUCCAAAUCUGGGCCCUUUGAAAAUGCAUGAGAGCCAAGUCCUCUCCGUGCCUCCAGACCAAAGAAUUACGUUAACAGAUUUAUUUGAAAAUGUCUAUGGGUCUUCAGUGAAGAGAAGAGAACUUGAAGACCUGAAGGAUAAUAUUGGAUUCAGAGGUCAUAAGCCACUUAAUAGCAUCACUGUGUCAAAGAAACGCAAUUGGUUAUAUCAGAGCACUCUGCGACCUUUUAAUUUGGAAGAAGAAAAUAAGAAAUGCCAAGACAUAAGCCACUUAUCCAUCUCACCCAAACAUCAGCUAUCACGACCUUUCUUCAAGUCCUCUGAAGAAUACUGUACAUAUAUGGUGUGUGAUGCUACAGAUUCUUCACCUUCACGAAACUGUUCUUUAGACUUUAAUGAGGAAAAUGAUGCAGACGAUGAGAGAGAAAUAUGGUACAACCCCAUUCCUGAGGAUGAUGACUUUGGUAUAUCAAAUGCUUUGAGUUUUGGUGACGUAGACUCUCCUGUUCUGAAGUUUCCUACUGUUAGCUUGAGAGUGUUGUCUGGUAGUGACCUAAUGAAAGCAGAGCAGUACACUGAAGACUUGCUGUGUUCUUCAGAACUCAGAACCACACAGUCCAAUGAGAUGAAUCCUGUAGAGUCCAUCCAUUCCCCAGAGAUCAUGCAGCCAUUCAAGCAAAGGGUUGGACACAAGACACAAGAAGGUAUCAUGGUUGAGGAGAGUCUCAUGUUGAAAUCUCCUUUUGCAGGUCCUCGGAGCCUAGCUGCUACAAAUAAGACUGAAUUGGGAGUGCCAGAACCAUCUUCUCCAAGCCCUAGCCCUGUGAAAAAAAAUAGCUCAAUUAACUGGUCUUUCCCAGAUAAAAUAAAAUCUCCACGAACUGUGAGGAAACUUUCUAUGAAAAUGAAAAGGUUGCCAGAACUUAGUCGAAAGCUGAGCGUUAGAGGAACUUUGAAUCACAUGAACAGUCCAGAUAAUACCCCUUCUCUGUCUAAAUGUAACUGUCAGGAAAUUCAUCAUACUGAUAUUCUGCCUUCUGGGAACACAACCACAGCUGCGAAGAGGAAUGUUAUAAGUCGGUACCACUUGGAUACCAGCGUAUCUUCUCAGCACAGCUACCAGAAGAAAACAUUUAUGAGUUCUAAGUAUUCAUGUAAAGGUGGUUAUCUCAGUGAUGGAGAUUCACCUGAACUUGUAACUAAAUCUAGCAAACAUGGAUCUGAAAACAAAUUUGGAAAGGGAAAAGAAAUAACUCCAAACAGUUGUAGCAAGAGUGAAAUAGACAUUGAUGCUUUCAGACAUUAUAGUUUUUCCGACCAACCUAAAUGUUCACAGUACAUAUCUGGGCUCAUGAGUGUGCAUUUCUAUGGUGCUGAGGAUUUAAAACCACCUCGGAUAGAUUCAAAAGAUGUCUUCUGUGCGAUUCAGGUGGAUUCAGUAAACAAAGCGAGAACCGCUCUGCUCACAUGUCGGACAACAUUUUUAGACAUGGAUCAUACUUUCAACAUAGAAAUUGAAAAUGCACAGCAUUUGAAAUUAGUAGUAUUCAGUUGGGAACCGACUCCAAGAAAAAAUCGAGUGUGUUGUCAUGGAACUGUUAUUCUCCCCACUUUAUUCAGAGUGACAAAGACACAUCAGUUGGCUGUCAAACUUGAGCCCAGAGGUCUUAUUUAUGUGAAAGUGACUCUUCUGGAACAGUGGGAGAAUUCUCUUCAUGGGCUGGAUAUAAAUCGAGAACCAGUAAUAUUUGGUGUUGAUAUUCGAAAAGUUGUAGAGAAAGAAAAUAUAGGGCUGAUGGUGCCACUCCUGAUACAAAAAUGUAUUAUGGAAAUUGAGAAGAGAGGCUGUCAGGUGGUAGGGCUAUAUCGAUUAUGUGGUUCGGCAGCAGUCAAGAAAGAACUUCGAGAGGCUUUUGAGAGAGAUAGCAAAGCUGUUGGUCUGUGUGAAAACCAGUACCCAGAUAUAAAUGUAAUAACAGGUGUUCUUAAGGACUAUCUAAGAGAACUUCCUUCUCCUCUGAUAACAAAGCAGCUUUAUGAGGCUGUAUUAGACACAAUGGCAAAAAAUCCUUUGAAAAUGUCAUCAAGUGGAUGUGAGAAUGACCCAAGUGACUCUAAGUACACUGUUGACCUGCUUGAUUGUCUUCCUGAUGUUGAGAAGGCAACCUUAAAGAUGUUACUGGAUCAUUUGAAAUUAGUGGCUUCUUAUCAUGAAGUGAACAAGAUGACUUGCCAGAAUUUGGCCGUGUGCUUUGGACCUGUAUUAUUAAGUCAAAGGCAAGAGACUUCUACCCAUAACAACAGAGUCUUUACUGAUUCAGAAGAACUUGCAAGUGCUUUGGAUUUUAAAAAACAUAUUGAAGUUCUUCAUUACUUACUUCAGCUGUGGCCAGUGCAACGUAUAACUGUCAAAGAAUCGACAGACAAUUUGUUUCCAGAGCAGAAGUCUUCUCUAAAUUACUUGAGGAGGAGGAAAGAACGACCUUGCCUGUUAAAUUUGAGUGGUACCGAGUCAUCAAGAAUACUUAGACCAAGGCAAACCAGAUUAGAUAGUCCAGUUAGCAAUCGUUAUGCAGGAGACUGGAGCAGCUGUGGAGAAAACUACUUUUUAAAUGCAAAAGAAAAUUUAAAUGAUGUAGAUUAUGAUAACGUCCCUUCGGAAGAUAGAGAAGAUGGAAAAAACUGUAGCAAAAUGUAUGGACAAGAUAUAAUGAUUGAACAGCCAGUACCCAUGUCCAAAGAGUACACAUUUCAGACAUACUUGACAGUGCAGACAAUUGAGUCUACCGUGGACCGAAAAGUCAAUCUUAAAGACCUACAAGAAAGUAUUGAUACUUUGAUUGGAAAUCUGGAGCGUGAACUCAACAAAAACAAGCUUAAUAUGAGUGUUUGAGAUUGAGAGUUUUAAUUUGCUUUUUUGUAAUGUUUUAAAUUUCUGAUCAGUCUUUCUCACUAUCUUAUACCUCUCACUGUGAUGGUUUUAUUUUUUUACUCUUGAAAAUGCCAUUAAUUUUUAGUUAGUUCAUGUGAUUCAAUUAAAAACUCUAUUCAUUAAUGUAAUUUUUACUUAUCUCAUUAGAAAAUUUUUCUGGGGGCAGAGAUAACUUGGCCUUGUGACUACUUUUAACAAAUAUGGCCAAUUCUAUGGAGAUAACUUUUAAAUGCACUUAUAAGGUUCAGAUAAGUUAUUAGCCCCUCACAGCUUUUGUAAGUUAUAGGAACUGCUCCUUUGUAGCUGAAACAGAUGUUUCUUUUAGAGGAACGUGGCAGCUGCUCCGUCAGGUUUGCAGUGUGGGUCCAUGUACACUGCAACAUCAUCUGAUCAUAUUUCAUUUGCAAUGCAAAUGCUGCUAUAAAAAACCUUUUUAUAAAUAAAAGUAAAAUUAUACAAAUAUUAAUGUAUUCUGUAUUAACAUUC